GAUGGGAAUGAAAAUGAAGACAGUUGGAAUAUAGACAACAAUGAAGAUAGUUUGAAUGAAAGCAGUUCUAGUAAUUCGAAUCAGCCAUUUAAACUGGAUGAAAAUUAUGAAGAGGAUAUAUAUUAUAAUGAUGAAAUAGCCGAUUAUACUAAUGUCUGGGAUUAA